AUGGUUGAUCCUUUAGAGACAAGAGUCAAUAAAAUCUAUUCUGAUAUUGAAACUAUUAAUGGCAGAUUAGCUAAGCUAGAUAUGCUUCCUGCACUCUUAUCUGGAUUGAUGGAUUUCUUGCAUAUUCAACCAAACCAGGAUGCUGAGUCUUCUACUAAACCUUUUGGUUUUGUUUACACAAAGGAUAUACCAGAUAAAAGCUUCGUGAAUUCACACAAGAACAAAGAAAAGGAAACUGCUAUUCCUGAGCCAAAAAAUAAAAUUCUGCUUUACAACAUUGCAGUGAUGAUGAUGAUGAUGAUGACUAUGAUUCUGCGAAGGAAAAAGAACAUCAGAGGUGGAUUGAAGAACGACUCCUUAGAAUUGGUCCAAACCCUUAUGUUUAUGGAUGUACCUGAGAAAUCGAAAGUUAAACUUGUUGCUUACAAGCUUAAAGGUGGAGCUGUUGCAUGGUGGGAAAAGAUUCGUGAAGAUAGAAUCAAAUAUUCUAAGCCUCUAGUACGUACUUGGACACGUAUGCAUAAAUUGAUUCGAGAUAAAUUUUUACCUCAAGACUACAAACAACAGCUGUUUGUCAAGCUUCAGAAUUGUCAUCAAGGAACUCGCCCUGUAGAAGACUAUGUUGCUGAGUUUUACAAUCUGAUUGCUCGUAAUGAAAUACAAGAAACAGAAGAGCAAUUGGUGGCAUGUUUCAUCGAAGGUUUACAUAGGUUGAUUCAAAACAACAUGACCCAAUCUGUGUUCACUAUGGUAGAAGCUAUUCAACAAGCUAUCAAGAUUGAGAAACUUCUUUUGCGUACUUCUCGACUUCCUCCACCUCGUCAGAAUCGUUAUAGUUCCAACUAUAAACCACAACAAUUUUCAGUUAAUUUCUCAUACUCUCAAACACCUUUACCUGCAAACUCUUCACCUAUUCUGCAACAUCCUGUUGAGAUUUCUCCUGUUCAACAAACUCUACCCAAGUCUACACCUAUUCGUUUUUCAAAUCGACAUCUACAACAGUUUCCUCCUCUUUCCAAACUAACCAAUAUUUAUUCUAAAUUUCGUGGAGAAAAGUGUAAUAGAUGUCAACCAACUGAACAUACUUCUGCUGAUUGUUGUAAAUUUAAUGGUUUUAUUGGAGAUGCUAAGCAUAAUGAUGAUUCUCAGGAUAAUGAGGAUUGGGAUAAUGAAUUAGAUACAGGUGAACCUACGGAAAUUCAUGAUGCUUAUGGUGAACAUUUGGUUGGUAUUAUUCGUCCACUUUUACUCAAUCAACCUUGUCUUUCUCAAAGACACAGUAUUUUUCGAGCUAAGUGUAUCAUUGGUGGAAAAGUCUGUGAUAUGAUCAUUGAUAGUGGAAGUGUGGAAAAUUAUGUCGUUGCUCAUGUGGUUGAAAAACUUGGUUUAUCAGUUACUCCACAUCCACAUCUUUACUCAGUUGGUUGGGUUAAUGGUUCUUCUACUCAACGGAUUUCUCACCAGUGUGUCGUUGAUUUCUCUUUCCCUGGAUAUGAAGACUCCGUGUUGUGUGAUGUUAUUGAUAUGUCUUCUUCUCAUCUUUUACUUGGAAGACCCUGUCGUAGUGAAAAGGAACAUCUUCUUCAUCUUUCUAAAGUAUUUAAGGUGUUACAAGAUAAUACUUUGUUUGUGAGUCUUAAGAAGUGCACUUUUCUAUCUUCUGAGGUUACAUUUUUGGGAUAUGUGGUAUCUGAUAAAGGCAUUCAUGUUGAUCCUUCUAAAAUUAAAGCUAUUCAAGAUUACCUUAUUCCUACUUCAAUUAAAGAUAUUCGAAGUUUUCAUGGCCUGGCUUCAUUUUAUAGAAGAUUUAUUAGAAAUUUCAGUACUAUUGCAGCACCCAUUACUGAAUGUCUCAAACAAGACAGAUUUGUUUGGACUGAAGAAGCUGAUAAGAUGUUAUCUCAAGAAGGGCAUCCAGCUGCUUUUCACAGUAAGAAGAAUACAGAUACUCAGAAAAAGUGGUCUACAUAUGAACUUGAAUUGCUUGCUUUAGUUCAAGCUUUGAAACAGUGGCAUACUUAUUUGGUCCGUAGAGACUUUGUUGUUAAUACUGAUAACCAUGCUUUGAAGUUUUUACAAACUUCUGCCAUGAUUAACAGAAUGCAUGACCGUUGUUUAUCUAUAAUAAACAAAUAUAUAUUUUCUGUAAGGCACAAAAGUGGGAAGACUAAUCAAGUUGCUGAUGCAUUAAGUAGGAGAGUUCAUCUACUUGCAUCCAUUCGUAAUGAGAGCUUUUCUUUUGAUUAUAUUAAAUACAUUUAUGCAGAGGAUGAAGAUUUUAAGUCCAUAUGGGAAAAAUGUGGUUCUACAACUAAUAGUGUAGAUGAUUUCCUUCAGGAAGGUUUUUUAUUCAAGGGUAAUCGUUUAUGCAUACCUCAGGGAUCUUUACGUCUUCAUCUUAUUAGAGAACUUCAUGGAAGUGCUUGGUGGACACUUUGGCCGUGA